GCCGAAUCGCGCGCGCCGACUUUUGACGCCGCGCCGGCCCUUUUGGGGGCGCAACAGCUCAUUUGGACCCGCCACCUCGCAGCUUGCUGGGUUGCACACACCGCUUGCGGUCAUUCACUUGCAUCACUUGGUCAAGCCCGCUUCGGCUGGCUAGGCGCCCGACAAGACGAUGGGCUUGCUCGAUCUCCAAGAAUGCGAACUCGACGAGGAAAUGGAAGAAGAGCCGGAGAGGGAACGGCGCGCAACAAUCGAGGAGGCGGCUGACGAAGCGGAGGCGGCUUUUACAAGAGCAGGCCCGACGACGCGGCGCGCCGCGGUCCGCGAAAAGAAAAGGAACGACCGCCCGCCCGCGCCGACGCCCCUGGAGAAGAUUGUGGAGCGGACCACGGGCUACCAAACGACGGGCUCUUCCAAGAACGCGUACGCGCCCGACACCCAUGUCUUGGCAAGGUGCUCCGCAAAUUUAGGACAGUGGUUCGGCGGCACGGUUGUGGAAGGCGGCGAAGAUGGAACCUGUAGGGUCGUCUUCCUCGAUGGAGCGAAGGAGGACGUACUCAUCAAAAAUAUACGAGUCUGGGACCGGCCGCCCCUGUCGGACUGGCAUCGCAAGCACCAGGGGCCCAUCAAGUCGCGGUAUGUUGCUGAUGUUCAAAGCAAGGCGAACACGCAUCGUAGUGUCUUGCAAUUUGAUUUGGAGAGUGGUGCGUUAAUAGCGCAGUUCGUCUCGGCGAGGCGCGCUGUGGACAACGUGCCGUCAUUGACAGACCCGCAGGAGGUUCUACAGUGCUGCAAGGGUGCUGUCGAAAGCGCGGGCGGCUACAAGUGGACCUUCGCGGCGCCGCGGCCCAAAUUGGACGCUGCUGAUGUGCAAGAACUCAUAGAUGGCAAUUAUGCCAUACAAAUACAACAGCGGAACCCCAAAAAAGCGGGGACGAAGAGUGCGCUGUUGUAUGAUCAAUAUAAAGGCGCUGAAAAUAUCAGAGACAUGCUCGCGCUCGGCGCGAGGAGGGCGGACAUACCCUACGACAUAAGUCACGGCUGGGUGACGCUCGUGGAUCCGACCCUCCAGAAGCGCUUCUCGCCGCCGCCGACGGCAGCGGCGCCUGAGGCCCCUGCGAAGGAGGUUGUUGAGGACGAUGAUGACGGGUCGAGGCAAGGCGACGACCCCAUGGACGAGGACUCCGAAAACGACGAGUCCAGGGAGGACGUCCUGAAGACGCUGCCGCCGCGGCCGCCGCCGGCGCGCGCGCGUUCAAGGGGAGCGGCCGUGAACUACGCGGAUCCCCCGGACUUUUAAGUAUCAUCGUUAGUGAGCUGCGCGUUCUGGCCCUGUUGGGCCUGGUGCUCCGCGAAGCGAAAGCCGACGCGCUGCGUCAGCUUGAUGUACUUCUCGGCGCAGCUCGCGACGCAGGUCUUCUCCGUCUCAUUUAAUGAUUGCGACCGGAACGACGUCACGCACUGCAGGUAGCACCUUUCCACCAGGUCGUUGUACAUCCUUAAUGAAUCCUUGGUCUGCAUGGCCUCGAGGCUAGCCAUGAAGGCCGGCCUCUGGUGCUCGGGGAUCUGGUUGACGGCGUUCAUCGCGCUUCGGUUUUACGUCGGUGGCGCGUCCUUGCGUCGCGUCGUUGGCGUCGCGUUGGCGUAGUGUUGCUUGCUGGCGUCGCGUUGCGUCGCUUGCGUCGCGUUGGAGCCUUGACAGCGAGGCCUGGUGCUGUGCAAAGGGCUCAAGGCGUUAGUUGGCCGCCCUUAUCGCUGCACGGCGGCGACUGGACUGCUAUGAGGGAUGCUGGAAAUCUUUUUGGCACGGCGUAACCCUCAGCAAAAGCAGUCGUUUUGCGAGUCGCGG